ACGAUUGCAAGCGUCACUUCCGGGCGGUUCAAUUCGAUCGAACUACCCUAUGCGGAUGUUUACAGUUGUAAAAUGGAGUUCAACUGUGUCGUGAUUGAAAAUAGACCGUAGCACAAAACGUGCAAUUAAUUGUUUACGCGGGUUGUUGCAUCAGUAACACUUGACAGUAAGGUUUUUCAAGAUUUGGUUGGACUCCACAUACCAAAGCUGUGGCAUAAUGGAGCCAUCUGACGAUAUGGGAAAUCAAGAGGAGGACGUGCCCCGAAACAAUGGAUCCAACGGCCAAUCAGACACCUUACCAGACAUACUGAAAAUAAAAGAGCAGCUGUAUAACCAGUGCUUUGAGAUGGAAGUGCAACUUAGUCGAGACAAGAACCAGAGAUCGUGCUCUACGGCUGAAGCAGACGCACGCUUGGAGGGCAAUGUCAGCGAGCUGGAAAGAAUCAAGUCACGUCAUUUUAACAGCACACUGGCAUUGCACAGAAUGCAGAUGUGGCAUGCUAUUGGAGAAAAGAUGAAAGAAAAUAAUUCAGAGACUGAUGCGCUGAAAGCCAUCAGUGAUCGCUGCAUGACGCUUUGCUCGCACAUUAAAACAGUUCAGCAGGAAUCAAGGGCUCUUCAAGAUGAAAUCACAGAACUCCAGAAAAACAGGCUUGAGCUGAAGCGUCUCACGCAUGAGAAAAUGAGAGAAAUUGAAGACUUGAAGGUGAAAAAAGUGCACCCGAAUGCAGAAAAGUACAAAGCUGUCUUGGAGAAGGGCCUCACAAACCUGGAAGAAUUAAAAAAGAUGGUCAUCAUGGGACAGAAUGUAUUGAGGGGACUUCUUUUAGCAUAUAAAAUAAACUGGAUGGCGGAUCCACAUCUGCGAGACAUAGCCCUGACUCUGGAGGAAUUUCCCAUCGCCGACUAGACUAAAGGAACCCACUUGUUUCCUGCCUAUACGUGUCUGUUUUAUGUUUUGACGAUUGAAUAAACCAAAAUGAAUCUACAAGGA